GUCAAAACUAAAAAAAUGGCGACUGAUUCCAGCAAUCAAGAGAUGUGCUAUUUUAUUCAAUUGAUAUAAGAGAGAAGAUUCGGGUGAAAAUGUCAAAGCAUUCCACUUCCAAUAAAAAAUAUAAAUGUGAUAUUUGUGGUAAAUCACUAAGAAACUCUUCUGGUUUAAGUAGACAUAUUAUGAUUCAUACCGGAGAGAGGCCAUUUAAAUGUGAUGUCUGUAAUAAAUCAUUUAGUCAGAAGAGCCAUUUAAAUACACACACCAGGAUCCAUACUGGGGAAAAAUUCUUUACUUAUGAUGCUUGUAAUAAAUCAUUUACCACUAGUAGUGAUCUACAACAACACACCCGAACUCUUACUGAACAAAAACCCUUUUCUCGUGAUGUUUGUAGUAAUCAUCAACAGGAACAAAUCAGAAUUCAUACCAGAGAAAAACCCUUUUCUUGUCACUUUUGUAGGAGACCAUUUACUCAUAGAAGUUAUCUACUGCUACACACCAGAAUCCAUACUGGCGAAAAACCCUUUUCUUGUGAUGUUUGUAGUAAAUCAUUUACCCGUAGAAGUCACCAACGGUUACACAUGAGAAUUCAUACCGGUGAAAAACCCUUUUCUUGUGAUGUUUGUAAAAAAUCAUUUACCACAAACGGCGAUCUACAGCAACACAUUAGAUCCCACACAGGUGAAAAACCCUUUUCUUGCAAUGUUUGUGAUAAAUCAUUUACCACUAGUAGUCUUUUACUACAACACACAAAAAUUCAUACUGGUGAAAAACCCUUUUCUUGUGAUCUUUGUGAUAAAUGUUUUACCACUAGGAGUAGUCUAAACCGACACACCAGAAUUCACACAGGCCAAAAAUCAUAUCAAUGUGAUGUUUGUAAAAAAUUAUUUAGCCGUAAUAGUCAUCUACAGGAACACACUAGAAUUCAUACGGGGGAAAAACCCUUUUCUUGCGAUGUUUGUAGUAAAACAUUUGCCGCUAGAAGUAAUCUACAACACCACUCCAAAAUUCAUACUAAAACCAAAACUGAAGAAAAACAUUUAUCUUGUGUCAAUAAUCUUUAAGUGGCAUUUAGUGAUUGGGGUACAAAAUAA